CUGUGAGCAUGUCCUGACCGCUAGCUAAUGAACUGUUGCCUGAAAUAAGCUCUUUCCCAUCCCGAAACGUGCGCUACCGACAGAAUUCUGUGGCGGCGUCAACAGAACACAAACUUGAAAUGAUUAGGUUGAGAUAGCGAGCGGUCACUGCUUUUGUACGGACCGUCUAACCGGACGACUGCUUUGUGCAGAGUUGCCUUGAGCAGCCAGUCAAGAUGGACCCCGGAGAGGAAGGGGACAUCUGCCGGGUGUGCCGGUCAGAGGGGACCCAGGACAAGCCUCUCUACCACCCCUGUGUGUGCACGGGCAGCAUCAAGUUCAUCCACCAGGAGUGCUUACUGCAGUGGCUAAAACACAGUCGAAAAGAAUACUGUGAACUAUGCAAACACAGGUUUGCAUUUACUCCAAUAUACUCUCCGGACAUGCCAUCUCGCCUUCCUGUCCAGGAUAUCUUUGCAGGUCUGGUCACCAGUAUCGGAACAGCUAUAAGAUACUGGUUCCACUACACACUGGUGGCCUUUGCCUGGCUAGGUGUAGUGCCUCUCACAGCAUGUCGCAUCUACAAGUGCUUGUUUACCGGCUCUGUGAGCUCUCUUCUUACUCUGCCAUUAGAUAUGCUUUCAACGCAGAACCUGCUCGCUGACUGCCUUCAGGGCUGCUUUGUGGUCACAUGCACGCUGUGUGCCUUCAUCAGUCUGGUGUGGCUCAGAGAGCAGAUCGUGCACGGCGGCGCCCCUCAGUGGCUGGAGCAGAACCCCCCUCCCCUGGUUCCCAACCCGCCCAACGGCCCCGCACAGGCUCAUGAGGACCCAGAAGGUAACGGUCCAGUCAAUGGUCAGGAGGCUGCGGGCCAGCAGCAGGCAGGGCCGGGUCCUGACGAGCAGGCGCCGGCCGCCCCGCCAGACGCCGGCAACGACCCAGCUGAACAGGAGGAUGAGGAUGAAGGAGAUGAUGAUGGGGAAGAUGACGAAGAGGAUGAGGAGGAGGAAGAGGAGGAGGAGGGAAGAGAGGAAGAUGCUGCUGAUGCCAAUAAUGGAGGACAAGAGGAUUUGAACUGGAACGCGCUGGAGUGGGACAGAGCUGCAGAAGAGCUGACCUGGGAAAGAAUGCUGGGGCUGGAUGGUUCCUUAGUUUUCCUGGAGCAUGUUUUCUGGGUGGUGUCUCUCAACACUCUCUUCAUCCUGGUAUUUGCAUUUUGCCCAUAUCACAUUGGCCAUUUCUCAGUAGUUGGACUGGGCUUUGAAGACUAUAUUAAAGCAUCCCAUUUUGACGGCCUCAUCACCACGAUACUGGGUUACAUCCUCCUGGCUGGGGCCCUCAUUGUCUGCCAUGCUUUGGCUUCUUUGGUGCGGUUCCAGCGCUCCAGGCGCCUUCUGGGAGUCUGCUACAUUGUUGUCAAGGUGUCAUUGCUGGUUGUCAUGGAGAUAGGCUUGUUCCCGCUUAUCUGUGGUUGGUGGCUCGACAUUUGUUCUCUGGAAAUGUUUGAUGCCACUCUGAAGGACAGAGAGCAGAGCUUUGACUCCGCCCCCGGCACCACCAUGUUCCUCCACUGGCUGGUUGGGAUGGUUUACGUCUUCUACUUCGCUUCCUUCAUUCUUUUACUCAGAGAGGUUCUGCGCCCUGGUGUUCUGUGGUUUUUGAGGAAUCUGAAUGAUCCGGACUUCAACCCUGUGCAGGAGAUGAUCCACCUUCCCAUCUACAGACACCUCAGGAGGUUUAUACUCUCAGUGGUGGUGUUUGGCUCCAUAGUUCUGCUGAUGCUUUGGCUUCCAAUCCGAAUCAUUAAGCUGUUCUUCCCAACCUUCCUCCCUUACAACGUCAUGCUGUAUAGCGAUGCCCCCGUCAGCGAGCUGUCCCUGGAGCUGCUCCUGCUUCAGGUGGUGCUGCCGGCGUUGUUGGAGCAGGGACACACGCGCCAGUGGCUCAAGCGCCUGGUCCACGCCUGGACCUUCACCGCUGGAUAUGUGCUCGACCUCCACUCAUACCUGCUGGGGGACCACGAAGACGACGAAAACCAACCGAAUAACCCUCCAGGGCGCCAUAACAACAACCGCCUCCCGGGCAUGGGGGAGGGGCUCCACGCUGCCCAUCAGGCCAUCCUGCAGCAGGGGGGGCCUGUGGGUUUCCAGCCGUAUAUCCGGCCUGCCAACUUCUCCCUCAAGAUCGUCCUGCUUGUCGUCUUCAUGUGUGUGACUCUUUUACUAGCAAGUCUGAUAUGUCUCACACUGCCGGGUAAGACAGCCUACGCCCAGUCGGCCUGCACAUCCCAUUUCUCAGGACACCAUCCGUGUACCCCUGCCUCUAACUUCUCCUUUUUGCUCUCCUCCUGUGGGCCAGUGAGUGUGGGUCGCUGGCUCAUGUCUCUGUGGAUGGGCAGUGCGAUGGUGCACGAGCUGUACACAGCAGCCAGCGGCCUGUACGUCUGCUGGCUGGCCAUACGAGCGGCCACCGUGCUGCUGUCCUGGAUGCCACAGGGCCGGAACAUCAUCAUCCUCAAAGUCCACGAGUGGACGCUCAUGAUUCUGAAGACCAUCCUGGUGGCUGUGAUGUUGGCGGGGGUGAUUCCUCUGCUGCUGGGCCUGCUGUUUGAGCUGGUCAUCGUCGCCCCUCUUAGAGUUCCACUGGACCAGACACCCCUGUUCUACCCCUGGCAGGACUGGGCUUUGGGCGUCCUUCAUGCUAAGAUCAUUGCUGCCAUAACACUGAUGGGGCCUCAGUGGUGGCUCAAAACAGUCAUAGAGCAGGUGUAUGCCAACGGCAUUAGAAACAUCGACCUGUAUUUCAUCGUGCGCAGGCUGGCCGCCCCCGUCAUCUGCGUCCUGCUGCUGUCUCUCUGCGUGCCCUACACCAUCUCUAAAGGCGUCACGCCAGUGCUGGGCGUGACCCCAGAGAUGCAGACCUUGGUGGAUAGGAGGAUCUACCCCUUCCUGCUGAUGGUGGUCAUAAUAUUGGCCAUACUGUCCUUUCAGAUUCGCCAGUUCAAACGCCUCUAUGAACACAUCAAAAAUGACAAAUACCUGGUGGGACAGCGACUUGUAAACUACGAGCGUAAAGCGGGCAGGAGCACGAGCACCUCCUCCCUCAGCAGCUCCUCGUAG